CGGCAGAGGUAUAGUUUUGCCGCGCGAGCCGUGUCAAUCGUGCGGGUCGGCAUUCCGCCGGAAAGCGUGUAAAAUUCGCGAGUUCAAUACAAAAUAAAAAAAAACGGAGAAAAAAGUGCGCGGACAAAGGAGUCAAAAAUAAGAAUAUACGCGCGUAUGGCGCGUCGGAUCGCACUCUUACCAGUAUAAUGCUACACUUUUUUCGCGAGAUCAAAGCAAAAGACGUGAGAGGAAGCUAUGUCCGUGUUACCUCAAAGUGCAAUUGCAAUGCAGUUGCGAUCUGUUUACGUGAUAAGUUGACUCGAUACAGAACAUGGCAGUCAGGAUUUCAAAUAAAAAUCGGUCGACGCAAAUAAAACCAAUGUUGCUACAACAUUACGGUAAACGAUACUAUUAAAAGGACAUUUUGGAGCAUUUCACACAAGGUGUGAAUUAUUGCGCUAUAUUUCACGUUAUGCGUGGGUGCUGUACUUUAGAUAUUCUUUUUUCCUGCCGUUACGACGCGCAUACCGUACUUUUCAACGAGCACAAAGAUACAAAGUGUACGAGAAAUAAAGGCGCACUUAUAUGAUGAUUUUUACAAGAAUGAGGGUGGCACGGCUAUUACUGUGCUGCGUACUUCUCGAAGACUACAGCACCAAUCUCGGCGGAACGGCAAUUACCAGUGACGCCAUGCGCCAGGACGGCCUCUCGUCCGCGACGAAUCCGACGCAAUCAGAUGUGCCGAGCUUCUCCGAGCCGAUCGGCAACGUGACCGCCGCCAUCGGCAAAGAGGUCGCUCUCUCCUGCACCAUCAGGAAAGUGGGAAAUUACAAGGUGGGAUGGCUGCGUGCCGAGGAUCAAACGAUACUAUCGAUGGGUGAUCGCCGGGUCACCCACUCGCCCCGAUUCUUCGUCACCUUGGAGAACGCCAAGACGAAGAAUCAGACGCAGUCGCGGGAGGACGAGGAGGCCACGUGGCAGCUACAUAUCCGCGCGCUGAAGGAGGCCGACCGUGGUUGUUACAUGUGCCAGCUCAACACCAAGCCCAUGCUGAGCCAGCUGGGAUGCGUGGACGUCCUAGUACCACCUGAUAUUCUAAGUUCUGGCACUUCGGACGGCGAGGUUUCCGUUCUCGAGGGUGAGAACGCCACGUUGUCGUGCAAGGCGUCUGGCCGGCCACCGCCUCGCGUGUUCUGGCGACGCGAGAAAAGUGAUUUCAUACUCAUGCGGGGCUUUCACGAUCCGUUGAUACAAGUGGACAACCUGUCCGGCGAGAGACUAGAAUUAACCAGGGUAGACAGGAGGCAAAUGGGGGCUUAUCUUUGCAUAGCGAGAAACGAAGUGCCUCCGGCGGUCAGCAAGAGGGUUAAUCUAAAAGUAAAUUUUGCUCCUACUGCAAAGGCGCCCAAUCAAUUGCUCAGUUCGCCUCUGGAUACAAACGUGUCACUAAUCUGUUUAAUCGAGGCUUAUCCCAAGACGAUUAACUUGUGGAUGCGGAAGGAGCAAGUUAUCAUGAGCGGAGGCAGAUACGAAAUCGACGAGCGAGGAGACCCCGACGAGGAAUGGAAGACGACGAUCGUGUUGAAGAUAAGGCGCUUGGAGAAAACGGAUUUGGGCGAAUACACGUGCUCAGCCUCCUCAAGCAUGGGAAAAGCCGAGGCGACUCUCAGGGUAUACGAAAUUCAGCGUCCAGUAACCGUGCCCACCCGCGUCACCUCGACCAACUGGAAGCGGAUUAACGGAAGCAAGUCAAAGCCCGGGCGGGGAACGAUAGGGAUCAAUCGAGUUUUCAACCAGCAGUCGAGCACGCCGGCGAUGCAGAAGAGCACCGCGCGAUUGUUCUACAACAACCGAUACGCGACCACAUCGACCACUGUGGAUCCGCGCGCGCCCUUGAUUAAGGACCAUGGUAACGCUUACAAGCACAACAAUCACCGCAACGACAACCACCAAGAUCUUAAGGAUCGCAGCGAUGCGGCCGCGAAUGUCAGCAGCAAGCAGCUUGUCUUGCCAUUCUGCCUGAUACUAUUCUUGACAGUGCGAUAAUCCUGUGCGAUAAAGCACAGGACAACGAUGAUGAGGCAGCUACUCCGUCGCAAGAGAAGCUACUCUGCGAGCUAGCAUAAGAUUGUGUUCAUCGAUCCGACAGGAAGAUAAGAGAAAGAAAUUUCACGAGGGAUCUCCUUGCAAGACGAGGAAAACGAUUUUCAGACAACGAUGACGACGACGACGACGAUGACGAUGACGAUGACGAUGACGAUGACGACGACGACGACGACGACGACGACGACGACGACGACGACGACGACGACGACGACGACGACGACGACGAGAGAAGGACUGAUAAAAGAACUGACUGCUCGAUUUAAUUAGCCAGAUCGAUGGUCUUAGCAGGAAAAAUCGUAAGAGCACGAACACUGCAAAGCUUUUACGCGUGGAAGAGAGAACAGAGAUGGGAGUAGAGUUUGAUCCGUUAAUGCGAGUGAAUGUCGUCCGAGAUAACCACCGUGGAUUUUUACGGAAAGACGCUUACGAAUGUAUUUUUUAUGACCCUUUCAUCCGUUGCUAACGUGCGAAGUGUUUCGGGGCAUAAUGUGUUUUUUUAGUUGAACUAAAUAUAGCAUUAUCUGAAUAUUUUUAACUCUCGGACAGCAGUUUAUUCGCAGGUCAAAAUUUCUUCGUUUACUAUUUUGAGACAUAAAAAUAUCUCAUUUGAUUUCAAUCUUAUUAUACUUAUAAACCUUUUUUUGUUAGAUAAAAAUAAUUAA